AUGUUUUGGACAAAAUGUAUAGUUUUUUCAAUCAUUUUCACGGGUUUUGUGAAUUCUGAAAAAUUCGCUUAUGUUUCGGUGUUAUCUUCAAAUGAUUUUCUGCUGCCAGCUCAGGUUUUGGGUAAGUAAAAUGUUUUGUUUGGUUAAAAAACAUAUAUAUAUUUUUUUUUGUAGCUCAUCGUUUGAAAAUGUUGAAUGACUCGAUUCCUUAUAUAAUCAUAGUUACACAGGAUAUCAAUAAUGAUUCGAUCUCAGCACUUCAAAAUCAAGGGGUUCAAAUUCAACAUGAUCUCAAAAUUGAUACCCCUUAUUUGAAAACUCAUCGAGCUAGAAAAUAUCAGGUGAGUGCACAAUUUUUUCUUUCAAAACCCCUGUCAAUUUCAGUACACAAAAAUCCGACUUUGGCAAAUGACUGAAUUUGAUGUGAUUGCUCAUUUAGAUCUUGAUGUUUUGCCAUUGGAGAAUAUUUCAAGCAUUUUUCAUUGUGGAGAUUUUUGCGCUUCUUUUAGACACUCUGACAUGUUUAAUUCGGGAGUAUUUGUAUUGAAACCUAAUAUUGAGGUAAGUUCAAAAAAAUGUUUACAAGUGUUGAAAAAAUAAGUUGGAAGGGUUGAAGAUCAGAGUGAAACCAGUCUGACAAUGCAAAAGUGCUCGGGAACUUUUUGAUAUCUAGGAGAAUUGCAAAUAUUGAUUUUAUUGAUUUGUGACCAGUGUUCAGUAUUCCGGUUUUAGGGUUAAAGGUGUUAGGAAUAUAAUUACUUUUGGAAAAGUUUCUGACAAGGAAACCUUUUUUACUCAACACUUCAAAUCAUGAUGAAAUUUGGUCCAUGGACAGCUUUUGGGACCAUAAGAACACCCUAAAAAUUUUAGUCUCCUAAUGGACCUCUGGGCCAAGUUCUGGGCUCUCAAAAGUUCAAAAAUUGCCAAAAUUGGCUCAUAAAACACGUCAUAACUCAAUUCUCGAUCAAUUUUAUGAAAAACUGAGUAGCAGAUGAUGAUCAGCGUGGUCGAUUUACCCAAAAAGCAUCAAUAAAUCGAAUUUUCAGAAAAAUUUUUGAUUUUGAAAAAAAGAAUGAGCAGGGGCACAUAUGAAUUUUCAUGUAUUUUCAGCUCAAAAAUAAAAAACUUCAAAAUUUUUCGAAAUAAAGUUUUUUAUUGAUGUACUUUUAGGUAAUCGACUAUGCUGAUCAAUAUCUGAAACUUCAUUUCUCCCAAAAAAAUUUUUGAAAUGGAGCUAUGAUGACUUUUAUGACCAUUUUUAGGCCUUUUUUGUACUUUUGAGAGCCCAGAACUUGGCUCAGAGGUCCAUUGGGAGACUGAAAUUUUUAGGGUGUUCUUAUGGUCCCAAAAGCUGUCCAUGGACCAUGAGAUAAAAAAGGUUUCCUUGUGAAAGUUUUCGGAUAACAAUUGAAAAAAAAGAAAAAUAUUCCAAAUAGCUUUCUAUGAAUCUCUGAAAAUCUCUGAAGUUUACAUUUUGAUUCAUCUUGAAACAAGUUUUAAAUAUUUUUGGAAAAUUUUAAAUUCUGAUGUGAUGAUGACAUUUUAAAUAAUUAUUCAAUUUUUUUCCAAUCGGUUCAAAAUUUCAAAUUCCCAGGUUUUCAAAGAUAUGGAAAAGCAUGUUCAAUCAAUGAUUUCUUACGAUGGCGGUGAUCAAGGAUUCCUGAAUACAUAUUUCUCCGAUCUUAAAUAUUCAGGAAUGUUCAAUGAAUAUAAUUUAACAAGAAGAUGUGAAAAUGAUAAAAUGUCAAGAUUAUCCGCUGCUUUCAAUUACGAUAUUGGAAUGUAUUAUUUGAAUGGGGGACGGUUUUUAGUUGAGCCCAAAAUCAUACAUUACACGAUGGGACCAACGAAACCAUGGUUUUGGUGGACGUAUCCUGUAUUUGAUUUGAAUCAUUAUUGGUUUACUGCACGAUUGGAAUUAGAUAGUGAAAUUGGUGAUAAUUAUUUGAUCAAUUGUUUGAGACUGGUGACUUUCAAUGUUUUGUUUAUUGCUGGGUUUUAUGCGCAAAAGAAGGUGAGUGUUUAAAUCAAAACAUCUUCUAAAAAUUAGAAUUCAACAGGUUCUUGAAUUUAUCGCUGCUGACAAUAUGAUCAAUGAAAAUCCAUCAAAAUUCGAAAAAUUAGCCUUCUGUCAUUUUAUUUAUUUAUUCAUCAUUUGGUUUAAUUUCCAAAUCACACCAAAUUAUGCAUAUCCAAUCCCAACUUGGAUAUUCUUCUCAAGUAAUGUUGCAUGGAUGACAACAAUUUUAAUCUCAACCUACACACAAAUUCGUUUUGGCAAUCAGCCAAGUAUUUUUCUUUUUGCUGGAUGUAUUCUUUUGAUCAACUUGAGUCAUUUGAUGUUUUAUGUUACCGCAGCAAUCAAUCCAUAUUUUGGAAAAAGAGCGUUGUUUGGAAUUGCUUAUUUGAUAAUUCAACAUUUUAUUGUGAGCUCUUAUAUUCGACGAUUUUUGAUAGAAAAAACACGUGGCAAACAUGUGAGAUAUCACAGGAUACCAAUUUCAAGACUUGAAUAA